AUGCUCAAGGAAAUCAUUUUGAUCGACGAUUUCUCGGAUUUGGAAGCGCGGCCCGACAUGGGCGACUACUUGGACAAAUACAUCAAGAAGCACUUUCGAAACUACGUGAAACUGAUUCGCCAUAAGCAGCGAGAAGGGUUAACCCGCGCGCGCUUGACUGGAGCAGCCGCUGCAACGGGCGAUGUCCUGAUCUUCCUUGACGCCCACUGCGAGGCGAUGGCUGGCUGGCUCGAGCCGCUGCUUGAACGCGUCGCGGAGAAGCCGAAUGUAGCAGUUACGCCGGUGAUUUUGAACAUCCGGGAUUCGGAUUUCGAAGUACGACCGGCUCAACCGCAAAAUGUCCAAAUCGGCAUCUUCACUUGGGGAAUGACCUUUACCUGGGAGAGCGCCUGGAAUUUAGCGCGAGACGGUCCCUGGAAAAGCAGCGACAACACGAGGUGCAUUCCGAGCCCGACCAUGGCAGGCGGCUUAUUUGCAAUCAACAGGGAGUAUUUUUACUACAGUGGUUCCUACGACGAAGAAAUGCACGGCUGGGGAGGAGAGAACUUGGAAAUGAGCUUUCGUCUUUGGCAAUGUGGAGGGGGCAUUGAAACUCAUCCUUGCUCCCAAGUCGGCCAUGUCUUUAGAAUGUCCUCGCCUUACAAGAUUCCAGAAGGAGCGCAGGGAUACAAUCUGAACAUGCGACGACUAGUUGAUGUUUGGCUGGACGACUACAAGGAAAUUUACUACGGGCGAACUGGAGGAGCUUGGGGAGAAGAAGGCGAUCUGACUGAACGAGUUCUCUUGAAGGAAAAACUACAGUGCAAAUCAUUUCAGUGGUACAUGGACAACGUCGCCACGACGAUUGAUUACUUUUUCCCGAAAAAGGACACGCGCACUGGCUUCCUAGCCAACGCCAACGGGCAUUGCCUGGACGUCGGGAACCUUCCUUAUCCACUGCCGCAGCAAUGCGACGUCGGCACCUACCCUUGCCACUUUGAAGUUGGCGGCAAUCAGCUGGUCAUGUUCACCAGACUCAAGGAAAUCCGCGUGCUCGCACAUGGCAAAGAGCUGUGCGUAACUGCCUCGCCACUUGGUGCGGCUGGAAACGGCGUCCAUUUCAAAAGCUGCACCGGGGUCUACAGAUACAACAAGAGCCCGGAAGAUGCUCAAAUUUGGGAUUUAGGGCAGGAUGGACUUUUCAGGAGCAGGCUGGAACCGAGCGGAUGUCUAGAACAUGAUCCAGCGACUUCAACAAUCCAAUUCAAAAGAUGCUCCGGGGAGAAGACGCAAAUUUUCGACUUCAAGGACUAUGUCGAAAAAUCCGAAAAUAAACCAUGA